AUGGCAACCUCCCUGGGCAACUGUGACCAAAAUGUUUAUCCAAACAUCACCUCCUUUUUAUUUGUGGAGUAUAACUGUACCGGGCAACCUACAUUGCCAAGUACUGCAGCACUACCAUCUACAGUGAGCACAACGGUGUCAAGUUCAACUGUAGUUUCUUCGUCAACGCCAGGCGCCACUUUUGCUCUGCCUUCUGACAUCAUCUCUUUUAAUUCUUCGUUGGCUUGCACAAGAGGUGCUAACCAAACGAAUCACAACCUAGACUGUAGGAAUCAUUAUCAGGAUGGAGACAUCCGGUCAUUGUCUAUAAUUCGAGUCUUCUACGGAGCAACUCCUCUGUCCAGCGGAUGUGACAGAACAGCUCCCUAUGUCAACUGCUGUGUUCGAGACCCAAACAAGGUGGACUGUGUUUUCCAAAACGAUGCUGAGUUGCAGGAAAUUAUAGAAAAGUGUUCUGGGGUCUCUUAUUGUGAAUUCCCUGGUCUGAGAGUAUCCGCAUCCUUAGGGAACUGUGAUCCCAACAAUUAUCCAGCUCUGACAUCGUUUUCUUUCAUCGAGUACCAGUGUCUGCCUAAAGAGUUCACACGUCAGGUCUGCAGUGACAUUAACGACCGGCAAAUAGGCCGGCUCUAUUUGGAGAGUAACACCGUUCUGGUUGGAAAGACAGUGACCAACACCAUAUGUCAAUGUCUCAUCACAACGGACUGUGAUUCCAGCCUCAGCUUCUAUGGCAUUGUUGUUCAGUUAACUCAGAUUAAUGCCACAACAUGUGCAGAAGAGAUCACCUUUGCUGACGUUCGAUAUCCUCAGUUAUCCGCUAGAGUCAACUGUACUGACGACGAUAACGUGCUUUACAAUAAAUCGCUAUUUACAUCUCUGUCCAACGUGGCAAGUUUCCAAUUUCUCGUCACUGGCCAACAGCUAGGGAAGAUUUACAUACGAGCUCAAUCUUCUGUAAACACGGCUAGUGUCACACUAAUCUGUGGCCAAUCUGUAGCACAAACUGUCGGUCAAAUUCAGCAAUGUCCAAACCAAACUUUCCCCUCAUCAGCUACCACCUUACAAUACAACAUAACAACGCCUUCGCCUACUGCCACUACAACCGUGCAGUAUUACCAAUCUACCCCCUCAUCUUCUCCAGACAUCACUACAACUUUACAAUAUAACCAAACUACCACCUUAUCUUCUCCAGACAUCACUACAACUUUACAAUAUAACCAAACUACUACCUUAUCUUCUCCAGACAUCACUACAACUUUACAAUAUAACCAAUCUACCCCCUCAUCUUCUCCAGACAUCACUACAACUUUACAAUAUAACCAAACUACCACCUUGUCUUCUCCAAACACCAUUACAACUUUACAAUACAACGAAACUACCACCACAUCUUCUUCACCCACUUCACCGAACAGAAAUGUUUCUAGUACAACUUCAGCAACGACGACAACGUGGUAUUCCAUGACAUCUGUCACGUCAACCAGCAUGAGGUCACUGGAGGAAGCAACAUUCAACUCUACAUUGUCCUGCACAAGAGGCGCUGAUCUCACCAAUCAUAACCUAGACUGUAGGAAUCAGUAUCAGGACGGAGACAACCGGUCCUUGGCUAUCAUCCGUGUCUUCUACGGAGCAACUUCUCUGUCCAGGUAUGCAAUAAAGUAA